UUUACUGUGAUUAUGAAUUAAUGUCGAAUUCUCAUAGAAUUCUAUGAUAACUUACAAUUUGCCUAGAAUGCUAUUUAAUUACGUAGCAUAUUGUUUCGGAUCAAUGUGUGUUUUUUGUUAAGUAUAAUUAUUUAAUAUUUUAUUCCUCAUGUCUGAACAGUGCAAUCGAUAUCCAGAGAGCUCAUAUAGAGAUAAUGUGGUACGACAAGUUCCUGGCGGCAACGUUUCCAAUGAAGAAAAUGUAUCAUUGGUAAGUGGAUUUCAAAAGUCUCUGAGGGUUCUCGUAGAACGCUUAGAUAUUACAACUUAUCUAAACAAUUCGAAUGUCAGCGUUAAUACGUCCAGUAACAAAAUAUCAUCUAACUUGAAGAAGUGUUCUGUUAAACUUUUACGCGAUGACUUGGAUCAGCUCAAACGUACGUCCUCUAAAAACUCUCGGCUAAAUAAAAAGAGGAUUGCCAACGGAGAUGUGAGGAAGAUGAAUUUAAAAUGUAAAAUAUGUGAGAAGUCAUAUACCAGUGAGAAAAGACUGCGUAAUCACGAGAAAAAUAAACAUUUGGUAGUUUACAAGCCUCAUCGAAAAAAGAGGGUAUCAUUUUCGGACAAAGUAAUUGUCCAUGAAUUGAGAGAAUAUCAUAGUUGCCGAAAAUGCCCUAAGUUUUUCGAAAGUUACAAUAUGUUGAAGUUGCACAUGAAACAAAGACAUAAGAAACGAAAAUGCUACAUUUGCAAUUAUUGUUCAAAAAAAUUUGUUGAUCGUAUGUUCUUUAAAGUUCAUAUUAAACUGCAUUGCGACAUAUGUCGUCAAUUAUUGCCAAAUCGAAGGCGACUUGCUGAGCAUAGACAAAAUGUAUGUAACAUCAUCAAAAAAUAUCCUUGCAAAUCAUGUCAUGAGACAUAUUUUCGCUUUAUGGAUUUAAAAGACCAUAUGUACAUUCAUUUGGGCACAGUUUUCAUAUGUGAUGUAUGUAAGGACGAAUUUGAUUCCAAAUGUGCUCUAGCCCAUCAUUUGAAAUUCCUGCAUUCAAAGACACAUCCCAAAAGAUCAUAUGAUAUGGUUAAUCUGGGCUCCGGGAUACAAUAUAAUUGUAAUUUCUGUGGAACAUACGCAAGAAAAAAAGUAGCUAUCGAAAUUCAUGUAUCGACACUUCCAGACUUGUCGAACAAAGCCAUGACAGGAUAUGAAGAUUAUUAUUUUUGUGAUAAAUGCCCCAAGAAAUUCAAUGGGGAAACUGAUUUAUCGCAGCAUAAAUUGACUCAUUCUCUGUCUUCAAGUGCUAAUUCUCAAGUAGGAACAAAAAAACAAGCAAAACAGAAUAAACUUAAAAAAACAUAUAAUAUAAAUGAAAAAAUUCCUGAAUUUCUACAACCCAAGCUUUCGCUGGAGAAACUUCAGUUACCAGAAAAAGAAAUGGAUGUUAAAUCAAAUGUGGAAGCAAACCCUACAAGCAGUGUCAGUAUUAGUGAGAAUAAUGUAAAAGAGCCUACUGACAAGGCAGGGAGAAAAAAGACAAUUUUGUCCAAUUAUCAAUGUAAGAUUUGCUAUAACUACUUUUCUUCAAAGUAUUGCAUGAACCGUCACAUUGCCCAAGUGCAUAAAGAGACUUACCGAUGUGGCAUGUGUGAAGAGUAUUUUGCUUAUGAAUCUCUACUGGUUAAUCAUCGCUGCCUUAGAAGUAACAUACCGGAGAUGCCAUUUGAUGAUGCAAGACCUGAAAUCUUUUUUGAUAACUUAUAUGAAGUACCGCAGCAUUUAGUUGAUGACAAUGAAGGGGAUGAUUACUAUAACUCAUUGGACAUUGAGAUACCACCGCCACUUGUUGAACUAACCGAGUAUGAUAACUUAAGUAUUGUAGUAAACGGUGGGCGUGGGGUGCCAAAUCCCAAAAUAUGUGUGAACCCACUGCAGAGCACAAAUAAAAUUGUAAUACAAGAAGUGCCAGUUGAAUUUUAAUGUACAGUGGAUUUCAUAUGAUAUAAUGUUGUCUAUUGUAAUUAUUGUAACGACUUUUUGUACAUAAAAGUAUACAUUCGGACAAAAAUAUAUGAAAUAAUGUACUACUGCUGCCAUAUCUAAUCUCUUAUUUGAAAUUGAUAUUCAGAGAUCAAUUAAUUAUAUAUUAGUCGAGUGGUUAGCGAUCGUAGGUAGAGGUUAGGUUAGUUAUCCCACCUUCUAAGCUAGAGGUCCCGGGUUCGAAUCCCGGUAGAUGCAAUCAUUUAUAUGGUGAAUAUUGAUGUUUGUUUCCGAGUCAUGUAUAUUUAUAUGGAUUUAUGUAUGUUUAAGUGUAUGUAUUUAAGUAAGUAUAUUGUAUUCAAUAUAUUGUUGUCUUGUAACCCAUAACAACUUAAAUUGGGGCAAGAUAACUUGUGUAAAGGUGUGUCAAUAUUAUUAUUAUUAUAUUAUGUAAUUAUAUAAUAAUGUCUUAUUUGUUCAAAUACCAAUCUAGAUAUACAUAUAUGCCAUCCCGUGGAUGAAUUAUUGAAUAAGAAAUCACCAAUAGAUCUAAUAGAUUGGUUAUUUAAAUGCAGACAGACAGAGUCUAUUCACAAAUACAGAAGCUAUCAAUAAACACUCAAACAUCAAUAUAUAGCUUCAUUAAGCUUUCUUAUUUUUUGUAUACACUUAAUAUUAAUAGAGGUAAAGUUUAAGUAUAAUUUAAGAAACCAUAGUUUUAUAGGAAUUUAACUUAGUCACUAUUCGCGUGCACGAAGUGCGGCUAAAUAGUAGGUGGUGAAAUAACCGGUGCUUUUUGGCAAUUUUGUAAGAUAUUUAAAAUCUGAGUUACAUUUUCCGUGUUAAUUUAUUGUUUAUUUCAUAUUAAUUAACUAAUAAAAAAUACUCAUAUUCCCAAUUCAAUGCAACCUGUAUUUUUUUCAUAAGAAAAUCCUAUAAUGUUGGUAGUCAAAUAAGCACAAAGCGCGGCUAAUUUGCUGGCAGGAAAUGUUUAUAAUUUCAUUACUUCUUACGUUCUUUCUCCUAACUAUAUCGACGGAAUGUAGUUUUCGCCUCAUAGUUGCUAUAACCGAAAUCCACUGUAGAUUAAGAUUUUAUUUGUCGUCACCGGCAGCAAACCCCAAUGUAUGUCUAUCAAUGGGCACGUCUAUGAAUUGAGCAUGGCUUUUUUUGAAGACUGGGGGGGAUGUUAAUGUCUGAGACAUUAAAUAUGGAUACUAUUUUUUUAUGGAGAAAGAGGACGAAGGAGCUCCUGGGACUCCAGAGUAACCACGGUAGCGUUUUUACUGGCCUGUGAUUACUCUGGAAUCCAGAAAGGGAAAGUGUGCGCCCCUUUUUUGGAGGUGUUCAUGUCGUAUGGUCAACACCGCGUAUCGAAGCUCAUUUCACAGUGUUGUUAUAUAGAGUUGCAUUUGGAGAAAUGCCGCAUAUUCAGAUGGUCUUACCAUGAUAUGCAAGUUUAUGGCGGCAUUUUUUGUGGCAAUAUAAUUUUGGAAAAGUUUAUGAAGUGGAUACAAAUUUUUUUAAUCAAUCUAAAGCAAUCGCUAAAUUAAAAAAAAACAUUUGGAAAUUCUUAGGUGAUAUUUAAAGAAGGCGCGCGAUUUUCAAAACAUGUCAUCAAUGGGUAGAAAAAUCGUGUGUAGUAGUCUUAGUGUUUAGUGUUAAGUUAUAUUUAUAAAUUAAGUUUAAUUCCGCUGUGAGCGUUAUACUAGUUAUUACGAAAAAAUAUGACAUACUUCAUUCAAAGCUUACUGCAAUGUCUGUAAUAACAGUCAAACUAACACUUUAUAUAUAUUUUAUUUAUAACAUUUGAAUAAUUAUGGAAUUCCGCAAAAUUAUGGUGAUAUUAAAUGAACACACGGACAGAACUUAAUAACUGUAGAAUAAGGUAUAUAAUUGAAAUUUUCAAAUAAAAAAAAUGGUAGUAGGAGAGACUGCCGAUAGAAGUGAACAUUCAUAUUAUUUAAAAACAAUUAAAUUAUUAUUUUCAAUUUAUUUUAAAAACGUAUUCUCUAUUUCGACAAUGCACAAUAUAUACACAUUGAAAUUUUCACUUAUAAGAUAUACAAAGUAUUAAUGUUGCACAAUACGUCAGCUGUAUAGCUUCAGAUACACUGCUAUAAGUAUUUCUGUGACGUACACUCACGAGAGUUCACCCAUCCAAAAAGUGUCUAACUUAUAUUUUUUUAUUAAUUAUUUAUUUAUCGGGUGCGCCAGACAUGAGCAUGUCGGUGACGCAAACCCAUAAGAUUGUCCCCAAGGAGUGCCCAAUGCGGCUGAACAAAAGCCCAAAAGCAACAUUAACGAAAAGAGCCCGGCGUGGGACAAGUAGGCGGCAGUGCCUACGGUAGCGCGCGGCUACUAGAUUGCUUACAGGACGUUCGGAAAUGAUGUUAUGGAAAAUUGAUUUAUUUAGGUGAAUUAUUUUAAUGAUUACGGUUAAAAUAGCCUUAUGUUCAUUCAAUAUCACCAUUGUAAUUCCACACUGUAUCUGUUAUUAUUACCGUACGUUCAAAUUUGCAUUAUGCAUUUGUAAUCUUUCUGUAAUCCCAGAAAAGCGUUCCAAACCACAAUCAAGUCGAUAUUGAGUUAAGAACUCAAAACUGGUCACGUGAUUCAUAUUAAUGAGCUGAGAAAAGUGGCAGGCCCACUGUCACUCUUUAAAUGACAUCACUGACUUAGCCCAACCCACAUGUAUGGAAUACACUAAUGUUUAUUAAACUUUAAGCACGAAUUCCUUAAAAAUGCGAUGUUUGUGAUUGGAACGUUUUUCAGGAGCUACGUCCAAUUGACGUUAAUAACAUAAUUAUUAUAUAAUAAGCUAUAAAUCUUAGAUUAUUUUAUACGUCGAGAUAAUCUAUGACAGCUGUGAAAACGUCGAAAAAAUUCGAGCUCAGAACUAAACUCUAUUUUGAGCAAUUCACGAACACUAACACAAAGUGUCAUACAAAUCGCGAGCGUAAGACGUAGCUUGUCACGCACACUAAACUAAUAAACCUGGCCAUCGGUUGUCUAGUAGCGAGAGACUCUCAAAGUCAAAGUUCUUUACUUGCCAGAAACAUUCACAAGUAAAGUUGUUACAAAUUUAAGAGUAGGCACAUGUCUUGUCUUGACAAACAUGCAAAUAUUUUUGCGGUUUCGUAUUAUAAUAUUAUAACCUAUUUUUAUACCGGAGCCUAUUUCUGCCGUGAAGCAGUCAUGUGUAAACAUUAUUGUGUUUCGGUCUGAAGGGCGCCGUUGCUAGUGAAAUUACUGGGCAAAUGAGACUUAACAUCUUAUGUCUCAAGGUGACGAGCGCAAUUGUAGUGCCGCUCAGAACUUUUUGAUUUUUCAAGAAUCCUGAGCGGCACUGCAUUGUAAUAAGUAGGGCAUAUCAAUUACCAUCAGCUGAUCGUCCUGCUCCUUAUUUUCAUAAAAAACACCUAUCACUAUCAAUAAUUACUGCUACAUUUAAUUUGACCAACAUAAAGCUAUACCCAAUAGACCCUAUAAUAUACAAUUACAAUAAUUAAUGAAAUAUUAAGAGAUAAUGUAGUAAAAAUAAUCACAAAAAAUUAUAACACAGUCGCCCGGCCGAGUGAAUAAAUUGAAAUUUUUCUUAACAAAUACACUAGCCUCUAUUCGGUAACAGUAUGUUUGAAUUUUAAAAUAAUGGCCUGCAGCUGUCAAAGCUUUAUCCAGACGUAUAACAUAUCUAUGGUACUAACUUUAAGCAGUUUUAAGGGUCCCUACACUGUUACAGAGUGUUGCUGUCCUCUGCUAGCAGUAACUCAUAUAACAAGCAAAAAUGCUGAAUUUUUGACAGGAUGUGUUUUUGUGCCUGCCCAUCGAAUAUACAUAUAUACAAUUUGACAGCCCGAUACUUUUGAUAUCUCAAUGUGUGUGCUAGUGUUAGUUUAAUAUUAAAAAUAUUAAGCAAAAUAGGUUAUAGUCACAAUAGAUUGGCUUCCCUUUUUUAUCUUGCUGUAUCUCCGUUAGAGGUGAUUUUCUCUUUUGUACGCUUCGUUUGACUCUAAGUAAGUAUAUUGUUAGUAUAAGCUGAGUGUAAUAAUUUUAUUUAUCUACACCCAUGCUUUAAAUCCUCUAUUAAAGAUUCUAAAACAGUUUGCUUAUUGCCAAUAUUAAAACACCCAAUGUCCUAAUCACAAUUACAUCAUCCAAACGAGUGUUGUAAUGAAAUUCAGUACAAUAUUACAUCAUCCGUUUUCAUUACAACACUCGUUUGGAUGAUGUAAUGGUUACUAGGACUGGCUUUUUUAAAGUUUGCAGUAAGCUGUUUCAGAAUCUUUUAUAGAGGAUUCAUGUUAUGGGUGUUGAUAAAGUCUUGUAUGCACUUGAUAAUUAGGUAUUAAAACACUCAUGUGAUACUAUUGUAAACCCACAUUCGUGUUUUAAUACCCCUUAUUACACAAACGUCGCUAAUAACUAUUUAUUUAUAUAGGCUUGUUUGUUUACAUUUAUAUAAACUAGAUAUAGAUUUCAUCUUAUUUUUAUACACUUAUUAUAAUCAAAAUUAUACUUAUUUAGUUUGUGUUUACAAACAUGUUAUUAUUUUUUGUAUUCAUAUGCAACCUUCUCAGGUCUCAGGGAGGGUACCAUAACGACUCCUUUGACGUGAAGCAGUAAAGUGUUAACAUUAUUGUGUGUAGCUAGUGAAAUUACUGGGCAAAUGAGACUCAACAUCUUAUGUCUCAAGGUGACGAGCGCAAUUGUAGUGCUGCUCAGAUGUUUUUGGUUUUUCAACAAUCCGCAGCAUUGUAUUGUAAUGGGCAGGGCGUCAUAAAAAAGCCUCAAAGGCUUGCCGUCUUUCACUAUCCUGAGCUAUUUGGAUCCAUUGUAGACCCUCGGGUCUUCUUGAUAUCAUCAGUCCAUCAAGUAUAUUGUCUGCCUCAGUAGUGGUUUCCUCAUGGGCUUCUCCAUGUGGUAACUCUCUGUGCUUACGAGUUCUGGCCUGUGAGGCCCACCCGCCAGACCGCAACACAAGAAUGCUUACACAUUGCUGCUUCACGGCAGAAAUAGGCGCCGUUGUAGUACCCAUAAUCUAACCGGCAUCCUGUGCAAAGGAGCCUCCCACUAGUAAAACUGUUACAGUGAAUACAUCCUCUUUGUAACUUAAGCGAUAUUUUCUAAGGCGAAAUGUUGUUUUUUUUUAUAAAUUAUGUUGUAGAAUUAUUUAUUUUUUAUGUUAUAGUUAUAUUGUUUGAAAUCGCUAUUUGUUUUUUGUAUUUUUUUAGUUAUAAUUGUUUUAUAACGACUAGGUACAGUUAGUGCGUCUCUUUAACCUCCUGUGACCCACAAUCUAUAAAAGUCUUUCUGAACUAAGACCCAGUGUCAUAAUACUAGGACAUAACACGGACGAGUAAAAAAGUAAGGACUCCGUGUCACCUUACAUAACAGUGAGACAACAAAACAAACCGGUAAACGUGUAAAUACACCACACACGCAUACACUUACUUUACAUACAAGCCGAUCUGCCGCCAUUAUGAGAUUUGUCAUCGUCUGACAGAUCAGUUUGCGUCGCAAUAAAAUAUUUUAUAAAUGCCGCCGUGCGUUGUGAAAAAGUGUAAAAACAAUAUUAUAAAAGUAUUUGUGGAUAUAUGAUUAUUUAAGGGAGAAAAAAUUGUGGAACUGGUAUUCCCCGUAACCGCACACAUACCAGCAUAAAGUUGCUUCACUCGCUAAUAUCACGGCGCGGAGUCCUCCUUUUUUACUAGUCAAAAUAUGGCGCAUAGGCCCUUUUCAUUAUAUCUAUUUUAUGCGAAGUGAUUCAAAGAUAAUAUUUUUAGGGUGAUGUUAUAUUGACUUAAGGACGCUGGAUACAUAAAAAAUAUUAAACAUAUUAUGUUCUUGUUUUAGAACAUCGGGCCAUAAUUAUAUAAAUUGAGAAUUUUUAUUUUAUUACUAUUUUCAUACAAAUUUAGGCUAUGUAUUUUUGAAAUGUGGUAUUUAUGUCUUAAAAACAACACAGUAUGUAAGAAAACGAACAAAUAAGUAUUUAUUUAAUUUUCCACUAAAAACAUUAUUUUUUGACAUUUCUGUCCGUCCAAUUUCUCGGGUCAAUAUCUUCAGAAACGUCAUUGUCGGUAGCUAAAUCAUCAUUUUCUAGAUUGUGAUUGAUACCCGAAGAAGAAGCUCUGCCAUGUGAAGUUCCAUAGUAAGGGCGACCGCGAGAACGUCCACGAGAACUUCCUCGGGAAGCUCUUCCUCGAGCAUGAGUGCCACCGCGUUCAAUGCUAGGCUCAUUGUCACUACUACUGCUCUCAUUUGUAGGUCUAAAAUCCUCGUCAUCAACGUCAUCAGCAGACGCACGAAAUGCUUCUUCAUCUUCCGAACCAUCAUCUAUUUCGAACUUCUCUUCUCUUUCUUUCUUCUCUCCAUUUGAAACUGAAAAGACAUUAGAAUUGACAAAAAAUCAAAGUAAUUUAAUUAUUGUAGUAAGAUUAGUAAUUAUAUGUAUAGUGGUAUGAUGUUACAGUGUUAUUUUAUAGCACAGUAUCAAACUCAUCACAAAACACGUGCUUUAUCAACACUCCGAAUGGGUGCCCAAAGUACUAGAACUACACAAUAAAAGAGGUACAUUUUUUCGGUCAAGUUUUUUUCAAGCUUGGAAUAUUGAUUAACAAAAUAAGUAUUGAUUAAUUGGAAAUAGAAUGGAGAUUUCAAAGAUAUAAAUUGAGUUAUCCUACCUUUUCGCUGAGAACGUGGUAUGGCGAUGACGUUUCGUGACUAACUGACUGAUAUAUAGCUACCCUCUUCCUUUUUGAGUGUUACGAUAUGCAAAAAUAUAUUCAUAGACUAAACAAAAGCAACCACGUGACGUAGCGCCAAAUUGUGUUCUAGUAGGGUAAGGUAAGGGCACAUUGUUACAAAAAAAAAACGAUUAUGUAGCCACGAAAAUAUUUAAUCAACUUCUAACUAGCAUGUAUAUAAACUUUAAUAGUCUCUCUUCAUUUAAAAUUAUUUAAACAUAACUUUUAUAAGGAACUUCUUUACUUAAUUCCAUUUAAAUCAAAUCAGUCGAUUGUAACAGUGAACCCCGUAUCUGGGGUACUCUGUUACAGGGUAAGGGGCAUAAUGUUACAACAUCAAAAUAGUAAAAACGUUUUCAAGAGAAAGAAAAAUCUUAAUAUGUAGUAUAUCAGAUAUUCCAACGAUACCGUUGCCAUAUCUGGUUCAAGAGGAAAGUAGAAAUAACUGUCAACUUUUCCACUUUUACGUAAAUUUCUGACUUUAUAUAUAUCAUUUUAAAAAAAAUCAGUAAUUUUAGAAGUUUUUCAGCUCUCUUGCAAUGAAUUUCUUUUCUUUGUGUUAUAUUCUUUUUGUUUACUUUUUCAUGUUUAUUAAUUACUAUUUUCUUUUAAAACUUAAAGAAUUAAUGUUAGUUGGGUAUCAUUGUAACACAGUGCACCAGGUGAGACAAAUCGAAAAAAAUAUCAAUAGAGUUUUUUCAGAAAUGCUUACGAAAAUCUACUUAACGAUAAUUUGAAGCUAAAUAUACAGGGAAUAGAGGAAAAUCACAAUCACUUACCUUUACAUAAUACAUCAAGAAACAAAAUAAUAAAUUUGAUCUGAUUUUUUGUAAUUUUUAUCAAAUAAAUUCGAUUUUUGUAAAAAAAACUAAAACGCGGUACAGACUGAAGCGAUUACAACUGUUCAAAGAUGGCCGCUUAUGAGGUUGUGAAAACUAAAUGUAAAAAUAAAUGUCAGAAACAUUGUAACAGUGUACCCCAUGUAACACUGUCCCCCAACUUACCCUACUAGAAGAAAGGGUCAUAGUUCAGUAGCGAUUUAAGAACUAUGUGGGUCUACAAUGACUUCACCACACCACGAUGUUCUAGUACUAGUAAGUGGGGACUCACGAGGUUAAGUAGUUUUAGAAGAGAGUUUUGAACCGAGUUAGAAGUAGGUUCUCUUUGUAACGAGUUAGAAGUAAGUUCUAUUAUAUGUGUGGAAGCUGGUUAUUUUAUUACGUUUUUAAGAUUGUUUACGUAACCAACUUCUAUAUUGUAACGUGAACAUUCUUAAAAACGUAACCUAAAUAAAUAUAGCACUAGUAUUAAAGUUAAAUUAGUUUAA